CAAAAAAUAUAUAUAUUUAGCUUGAGUAGUUUUGUUUGAUUGUUACGUUUCUCUGUUUUCUCUAUCAGCCUUCUCUAUUUUUUUUCUUUGAUGCAGUCUUGGUGAAAAUGGCGGCCGCCGUGAAAAGAAAAUAUUCUGACUCUUCAGAAGACGAGGAAAACGAGCCUACACGUAGGGUCCGUGGAGGGAGUGAUGCAAGAAGUCGGCACUGCCCCUAUCUGGACACCAUCAACAGGAGUCUACUUGACUUUGACUUUGAGAAGCUGUGUUCUGUCUCCCUGUCCCACCUGAAUGUUUACGCCUGCCUGGUCUGUGGCAAAUACUUCCAAGGACGAGGCCGGAAGUCUCAUGCCUACACCCACAGUGUUCAGGUAGACCAUCAUGUCUUCCUGAACCUUCACACGCUCAAGUUCUACUGCCUACCUGACAAUUACGAGGUCAUUGACUCCUCCCUGGAUGACAUCAAGUAUGUGCUGAAUCCAACGUUCAAGACGGACCACAUCCAGCAGCUGGACGGUUCCUCCAAGCUGUCCCGUGCGUACGACAGCACCAUGUACCUGCCGGGGAUCGUGGGGCUCAACAACAUCAAGGCCAACGACUACUGUAACGUGGUCCUGCAGGCCCUGUCACACGUCAGCCCCCUCAGGGACUACUUCCUGCAGGAGGAGAACUACAAGGACAUCAAGCGCCCACCCGGGGACAUCAUGUUCCUUAUUGUACAGAGGUUUGGUGAGCUGAUGAGGAAGCUGUGGAACCCUCGGAACUUUAAGGCGCACGUCAGCCCCCACGAGAUGCUGCAGGCCGUGGUGCUCUGCAGCAAGAAGAGGUUCCAGAUCACAGAGCAAGGUGACCCGAUAGACUUCCUGUCUUGGUUCCUGAACGCCAUGCAUGCCUCCAUGGGUGGCAACAAGAAAGUCAUGUCAAGUUCAGUCGGCAAGGUGUUCCGUGGAACAAUGAAGAUUUAUUCCAGACAACUCAUCACUAAAGAUGACACUGGAGAGACCAACAUUUCUGAGGGGAAAGAAAAAGAAGCUGAAAAAGGGCCAGAAACCGUGACGACCUCGCCCUUCAUGUACCUGACCCUUGACCUCCCCCCUCCACCGCUGUUCCAGGAUGAGUACGAACAGAACAUCAUUCCGCAGGUGCCGCUCGCCAACCUGCUGGCCAAGUUCAACGGAGAAGCCGAGAAGGAAUACAAGUCUUACAAAGACUCCACCUUGAAGAGGUUUGAGCUGACCAGGCUGCCUCCCUAUCUCAUCCUCUAUGUGAAGCGUUUCACCAAGAACAACUUCUAUGUGGAGAAAAAUCCAACCAUUGUCACCUUCCCUGUCAAGAACAUUGAUCUGAGAGAAUACCUGUCCAAGGACCCAGAGAUCCAGAAGAAGCAUCCCAACACGACCUAUGACCUGAUCGCCAACAUCGUUCACGAUGGGCUGCCUGGGGCCGGCAAGGGGACGUACAGAGUUCACAUCUACCACAAGGGUUCCGGCCAGUGGUAUGAGAUGCAGGACCUCCAUGUAGCCGACAUCCUGCCUCAGAUGAUCACCCUGUCAGAGUCUUACAUUCAGAUAUGGGAGCUGAGGAAAGACCAGCCAUCAGACACAGACAUCACUGUAGACUCCUGAUAACACCGUGCUGACAUUUUUAUAGAUAAACUGCUAUAAUUCAUGAUUCAGACUCUCCGAUUGGCUGGGAAGGCACAAAUUACUAUAAUCUCAUUGGUUACAAAUGGAGUAAUCAUGGUACGCGAAGCAGCUCUCUGGGGCCUUUUUUCGGCUGAUGAUACACUUUUGCUGGCCAUUUCUUUUUGUACUGGGUCACUGAUUGACAGCCGUCGCUGACUCAUUGGCCCCGUAGAGCCUGCGUUAGAACCGGGCUUUAAAGCAAAAUCAAAAAAGAGGGGCCAAUGGAUCAGCGACGGCCGGCAGGCAAUCAGUGACCCAGUACAAAAAUAAAUGGCCAGUAAAAGUGUAUUAUAAGCCGAAAGAAGGCCCCAGAGGCUAGGUACGCGGCUGAUAAGAGUUGACUAGGGGUGGGUACUGGUACAGUAAAUGCAGGUCCAGACCUGAACCUGAGAAUCUGUAGUAGUAAUGUACUGAAGUAAAUGUAGAAGUGUGUGGAUUUUUUUAUUUGAACUAAAUAGCUAUCUCCUAACAUUGUAUUAUUUUAAGUUCCCAGAAAGGUUAACGUUACAUACUUAUUAAUAGAGAAAACUGUUGAGCACACUAAUAUCAAUGAUAAGUUAUGAAAAUAAACACAUGGAAGUUGUGAAUUUGUUCUGUGAUGUUUUUAAGUGAGUUCUUUUGACUAUACACAGUGAAUACAUCCUUGAUUUAUUCCUUACAGUCUACAUUGUACAAAACUGCAGUUUCUUUCGAGACUGGUUAAAAUACCACUUCCUUUUAAUAGUAUUCAUCUACUGUUUGUGUAUAGCAACAACAACCCUAAAGUUUAAUAAAUUUACUAUGGACAGGAAUUUUUACUUCAGUCCCCACAGUUUCGUUCUGGUUUGAGAAAUAAGAAGCACAUCAGAGUCCACUAUACUAUCAUUCUAAUAUAUGCAAUUCUACAUGUAUGUACUCAGCCAUAUGUUGCAUUAUCAACACAAAUACAGCUCAUAACCUAAAGUAAAUGUUUAAGAGCAAAUCCCACCAAUACACAUGAAUUGCUAAAAUGAGCAUAGCCAACAGUCACAGAACAUUUAAGUCUACGAAAAAAUGUGUUAACAUGCUGUUUUCAUGUAUAAGCUCCCUUGCUCUUGAUUCUUCAUCAUUUACCAAAAUGCAUGUUAAAAUUUAAAGUAACAAAAUGCUAGAUGUAGGAAUGUACUUACUGGUUGCAAGCACACUAUUUGAUGCAUGUGAACUUACAAAACUGCAAUACUAUAAAAUGCUACUGUAAAUGCAGAAAUGUUCGCGGUGGAUAAAUGUUCGCGGUUUUCGCGGUGACCACUUUACCGCGAACUUAAAUCCACCGCGAACAUUUUUCGAUAAUGGUAUUAGACUGCAUUCUAUGGUGUUACCGCAAACUUAAAUCCACCGCGAAAAGUCCCUUUUCCCGCUACCGCGAAAUUAAAUCCCCGCGAACUUAAAUGCAUUUACAGUAUCUUACAGGGUACUUGCACAACCUGCCAUACUGGAUAGUUUAACUAGAAGUUUCCAGGUACAUCUGAAUUGUUUAUAUAAUCACAGUCAUGUGCAGAGUACUAUAAAUCUUGAGUUGGUGAGUCUUAUUUUUGCGGUAGCC